AUGUCGUCCCUACCUCCUCCUCCUCCUCCGGGAUGGGGCUCUUCAGCUCCUCCCUCGAUGCCGAUGGCCCCGCCGCCGCCUGGCUAUCAACCUCCUGCCGAUCCCAAAGUCGCCAAGUUCGCGCAGAAGAAGACUGAAUGGCUGCGGACGCAGCGCAACCGUUUCGGGGAGAAGAGGAAGGGCGGCUUCGUGGAGACUCAGAAGGCAGAUAUGCCACCUGAGCAUCUGCGAAAGAUCGUGAAGGAUAUCGGCGACGUGUCGCAGAAGAAGUUCAGCAGCGAGAAGCGCAGUUACUUGGGCGCCCUCAAGUUCAUGCCGCAUGCCGUCUUGAAACUGCUGGAGAAUAUGCCUAUGCCCUGGGAGUCGACUCGCGAAGUGAAGGUGCUUUACCAUGUCAAUGGUUGCCUGACGCUCGUGAACGAGAUUCCCAGGGUCAUCGAGCCCGUCUUCCACGCCCAGUGGGCAACCAUGUGGGUGGUCAUGAGGCGAGAGAAGGCCGAUCGCCGGCAUUUCAAGCGGAUGCGCUUCCCACCCUUCGAUGAUGAGGAGCCGCCUCUGUCCUGGUCAGAGAACCUCGAAGACGUCGAGCCUUUGGAGCCUAUCCAGAUGGAGCUCGACGAGAAUGAGGAUGCUCCGGUAUACGAAUGGUUUUACGAUCACAGGCCACUUAUCGACACGCCGCAUGUGAAUGGCCCUAGCUAUAGGACGUGGAACUUGACCCUUCCACAGAUGGCGACUCUAUAUCGACUCAGCCACCAACUGUUGAGCGAUGUCGUGGACAAGAACUAUUUCCACAUGUUUGAUCUCAACAGUUUCAUUACUGCCAAGGCGCUCAAUGUGGCGAUUCCGGGAGGUCCUCGCUUUGAGCCGCUUUAUAAGGACAUCGACCCGAACGACGAGGAUUUCAGCGAGUUCAAUGCGAUUGAUCGCAUCAUUUUCCGCUCCCCCAUCCGAACGGAGUAUCGAGUUGCAUUCCCCUACCUAUAUAAUUCGCUGCCCAGAAGCGUGAAGGUGUCUUGGUACUCCUACCCUCAGGUUGUUUAUGUCCGUUCGGAGGAUCCGAAUCUUCCCGCCUUCUAUUUCGACCCUGUCAUUAACCCAAUCUCUUCGCGAUCGGUCGCUCCGAAGAACAUCACCGUUAGUCACGAGGAUCAGAUUUUUGGACCUGGGAACAACGAGGAUGACAGUUUCGAGCUUCCGGAGGAUAUGGAGCCUUUCCUCGCUAAUGAAGAACUCUACACCAGCGAGACGGCCUCUGCCAUUGCUCUCUGGUGGGCACCGUACCCCUUCGACCGCCGAUCAGGUAGGAUGGUCCGGGCCCAAGACGUGCCCCUGGUCAAGCAAUGGUAUCUUGAGCACUGUCCUCAGGGUCAACCCGUGAAAGUUCGGGUGUCUUAUCAGAAACUCCUGAAGACAUACGUGCUUAAUGAGCUACACAAGAAGAGGCCCAAGGCACAGAACAAGCAGAACCUGUUGAGGACACUGAAAGGCACCAAGUUCUUCCAGCAAACCACCAUCGAUUGGGUCGAGGCAGGUCUCCAAGUUUGUCGACAAGGGUUCAACAUGCUGAAUCUCUUGAUUCAUCGCAAGAAUCUGACAUACUUGCACCUCGAUUACAACUUUAACCUGAAGCCUGUUAAAACCUUGACCACUAAGGAACGGAAGAAGUCUCGCUUUGGAAAUGCCUUCCAUCUGAUGAGGGAGAUUCUGCGUUUGACCAAGUUGAUCGUUGAUGCCCAAGUCCAGUACCGUCUCGGCAACAUCGAUGCUUUCCAGCUUGCCGAUGGUAUCCACUACGCCUUCAACCACGUCGGACAGUUGACCGGUAUGUACCGCUACAAAUACAAGUUGAUGCACCAGAUCCGGUCCUGCAAGGAUCUGAAGCACUUGAUUUACUAUCGGUUCAACUCCGGACCGGUUGGCAAGGGACCUGGUUGUGGAUUCUGGGCCCCGUCGUGGCGCGUGUGGUUGUUUUUCAUGCGCGGUAUCAUCCCUCUUCUGGAGAGAUGGCUUGGGAACUUGCUGUCUCGUCAGUUCGAGGGUCGUCACAGCAAGGGUGUUGCCAAGACGGUAACGAAGCAGCGGGUUGAGUCGCAUUUCGACCUUGAACUCCGUGCCUCGGUCAUGGCUGAUCUUAUGGAUAUGAUGCCUGAAGGCAUCAAGCAGAACAAGGUUAACACCGUUCUGCAACACCUUUCCGAGGCGUGGAGGUGCUGGAAGAGCAACAUUCCUUGGAAGGUCCCUGGGCUUCCUGCUCCUAUUGAGAACAUUAUCCUGCGAUACGUCAAGGCGAAGGCAGACUGGUGGAUCUCUGUUGCCCAUUACAAUCGUGAGAGAAUUCGCAGAGGUGCCACAGUCGACAAGACGGUCGCGAAGAAGAACCUGGGUCGUUUGACUCGGCUUUAUCUCAAGGCCGAACAAGAGCGGCAGCACAACUACCUGAAGGAUGGUCCCUAUGUCUCCUCUGAGGAAGCAGUGGCCAUCUACACUACCACUGUUCAUUGGCUCGAGUCGCGCAAGUUCUCUCCGAUCCCCUUCCCUAGCGUCUCUUACAAGCACGACACCAAGAUCUUGAUCCUUGCUCUGGAACGCCUCCGCGAGUCUUAUUCUGUAAAGGGUCGGCUGAACCAGAGCCAGCGUGAGGAACUUGCCCUCAUUGAGCAGGCAUACGAUUCUCCCGGAACAACGCUGGCCAGAAUCAAGAGGUUCUUGCUCACUCAGCGAGCAUUCAAGGAGGUCGGAAUCGACAUGAACGAUAACUAUAGCGAUAUCAAUCCAGUCUAUGACGUUGAGCCUAUCGAAAAGAUCACCGACGCGUAUCUCGAUCAAUAUCUCUGGUAUCAAGCCGAACAGCGUCAUCUGUUCCCGAACUGGAUCAAGCCGUCUGAUUCCGAAGUUCCUCCUCUGCUUGUCUAUAAGUGGGCUCAAGGUAUCAACAACCUUUCCAACGUCUGGGAAACGGAAAAUGGAGAGACAAAUGUCAUGAUUGAGACCAAGCUCUCGAAGGUCUACGAGAAGAUAGAUCUCACUUUGCUGAACCGUCUCCUUCGUUUGAUCAUGGACCACAACUUGGCCGAUUACAUCACUUCGAAGAACAACGUUCAGCUCAACUACAAGGACAUGAACCACACGAACAGCUACGGUUUAAUCCGUGGUCUUCAGUUCUCGGGUUUCGUCUUCCAAUACUACGGCCUGGUUAUCGAUCUGCUGUUGCUCGGUCUUCAGCGGGCUAGUGAACUGGCUGGUCCUCCUCAGAGCCCGAACGAUUUCUUGCAGUUCAAGGACCGAGAGACUGAAACCAAACACCCAAUUCGUCUCUACACCCGCUAUAUUGACAGGAUUUGGGUGUUCUUCAGGUUCACUGCUGAUGAAUCUCGGGAUCUCAUCCAGCGGUUCUUGACCGAAAAUCCAGACCCCAAUUUUGAAAAUGUCGUUGGCUACAAGAACAAGAAGUGCUGGCCUCGAGACUCCCGAAUGCGUCUGAUGCGCCAUGAUGUCAACCUUGGUCGAGCUGUUUUCUGGGACCUGAAGAACCGGCUCCCAAGGUCGAUCACCACCAUUGAGUGGGACGACACCUUUGCCAGCGUGUACAGCAAGGAUAAUCCUAACCUGCUCUUCUCAAUGUGCGGGUUUGAAGUUCGCAUUCUUCCUAAGAUCCGCAAUCAGAAUGACGAGUUCUCCGUCAAGGACAGUGUCUGGUCUCUGGUCGACAACAGGACCAAAGAGCGGACUGCGUAUGCCUUCUUGCAGGUCACGGAGGAAGACAUUCAAAAGUUCAACAAUCGCAUUCGCCAGAUUUUGAUGUCUUCCGGAUCGACCACGUUCACCAAGAUUGCGAACAAAUGGAACACAGCCCUGAUCGCGCUGUUUACCUACUACCGCGAGGCUGCUGUGUCGACCGUGAACCUGCUGGACACUAUCGUCAAGUGUGAGACCAAGAUCCAGACUCGAGUCAAGAUCGGCUUGAACUCUAAGAUGCCCUCGAGGUUCCCUCCGGCUGUCUUCUACACGCCAAAGGAGCUUGGAGGACUGGGAAUGAUCUCUGGUUCUCACAUCCUUAUCCCUGCUAGUGACAAGCGCUGGUCAAAGCAGACCGAUACUGGUGUCACCCACUAUCGUGCUGGUAUGUCGCAUGAUGAGGAGACAUUGAUUCCAAACAUCUUCCGUUACAUCAUCCCAUGGGAGGCUGAAUUCAUCGACUCCCAGCGUGUUUGGAUGGAGUACUCUCAGAAGCGACAAGAAGCCCAGCAACAGAACAGACGCUUGACGUUGGAGGAUCUGGAGGACAGCUGGGAUCGCGGUCUUCCACGUAUUAAUACACUCUUCCAGAAAGACCGCAGCACGUUGAGCUUUGACAAGGGCUUCCGGACAAGGGCCGAAUUCAAGCAAUACCAGAUCAUGAAGAGCAACCCAUUCUGGUGGACAAGCCAGAGACACGACGGCAAGCUGUGGAACCUUAACGCCUACCGUACCGACGUUAUCCAAGCUCUUGGUGGUGUUGAAACCAUCCUGGAGCACACUCUCUUCAAGGCCACAGCGUUUCCCAUCAUGGGAAGGCGAUCCGGUCUCAACCAAAUUCCCAACCGUCGUUUCACUCUCUGGUGGUCUCCGACAAUUAACCGUGCCAACGUCUAUGUCGGUUUCCAGGUCCAAUUGGAUCUGACUGGUAUUUUCUUGCACGGCAAGAUCCCCACCCUGAAGAUCUCGCUGAUUCAGAUCUUCCGUGCCCACUUGUGGCAGAAGAUCCACGAAUCUGUCGUGAUGGAUCUUUGCCAAGUCUUUGACCAGGAGUUGGAGGCGUUGGGUAUCGAAGCCGUUCAGAAGGAGACCAUCCACCCGCGGAAGUCGUACAAGAUGAACAGCUCAUGCGCUGACAUCCUCUUGUUUGCCACAAACAAGUGGAAUGUCACGCGGCCUUCCCUACUGUUCGAUACGAAGGACGUCAUCGAGCCGACGACCACGAACAAGUUCUGGCUGGAUGUGCAACUGAGAUACGGUGACUAUGAUUCUCAUGACAUCGAGCGUUACGUCCGUGCGAAGUAUCUCGACUACACCACGGACAGCAUGAGCAUCUACCCGUCGGCCACCGGCUUGAUGAUCGGAAUUGAUCUCGCCUACAACCUCUACUCUGCAUACGGCCAGUACUUCCCUGGCUUGAAGACUCUUAUCCAACAGGCCAUGGCGAAGAUCAUGAAAGCCAACCCGGCAUUGUAUGUUCUGCGAGAACGUAUUCGCAAGGGUUUGCAGCUCUACGCUUCCGAGAGCAACCAAGAAUUCUUGAACUCGCAGAACUACUCUGAGCUGUUCAGUCCCCAGAUCCAGCUCUUCAUCGAUGAUACAAACGUCUACCGUGUGACAAUUCACAAGACCUUCGAGGGUAACUUGACCACGAAGCCAAUCAACGGAGCGAUCUUCAUCUUCAACCCGCGCACUGGACAGCUGUUCCUGAAGAUCAUCCACACGAGUGUCUGGGCCGGUCAGAAGCGUCUCGGUCAGUUGGCGAAGUGGAAGACUGCCGAAGAAGUCGCAGCGCUCAUCCGGUCUCUUCCGGUUGAGGAACAGCCCAAGCAGCUGAUCGUCACUCGCAAGGGUCUUCUCGAUCCUCUUGAAGUUCACCUGCUCGAUUUCCCCAACAUCUCUAUUCGGGCAUCUGAGCUUCAGCUUCCAUUCCAAGCGGCCAUGAAGGUCGAGAAGCUCGCAGACAUGAUCUUGCGAGCAACUGAGCCCCAGAUGGUUCUCUUCAACCUUUACGACGAUUGGCUGAAGUCGAUCUCGCCGUAUACUGCUUUCUCAAGGUUGAUUCUGAUCCUGCGUGCACUUCACGUCAAUCCGGAUAAGACCAAGAUCAUUCUCCGACCCGACAAGUCGGUCAUCACCCAAGAGCAUCACAUCUGGCCGUCGCUGUCAGAUGAGGAGUGGAUCAAGGUCGAAGUGCAGUUGCGCGAUCUCAUCUUGAACGACUAUGGCAAGAAGAACAACGUGAAUGUGCAGAGUCUCACGAGCAGCGAAGUCCGGGAUAUUAUCCUGGGUAUGGAAAUCAGCGCUCCAUCUCUGCAGCGACAGCAGGCCGCCGAGAUCGACAAGCAACAGCAGGAGCAGAAGCAACUGACCGCGGUGACGACGAAGACCCAGAACGUUCGUGGGGAGGAGAUUAUCGUGACGACCACCUCGCAGUACGAACAGCAGUCCUUUGCGUCGAAGACAGAGUGGCGUACGCGUGCCAUUGCCACAUCCAAUCUUCGCACUCGAGCCAACAAUAUCUACAUCUCUUCUGAUGACAUUCGCGAGGAAGGGUACACUUACGUUAUGCCCAAGAACAUCCUCAAGCGAUUCAUCAUGAUUUCCGAUCUUCGAGUGCAGGUGGCCGGAUACCUCUACGGCAAGUCACCGCCAGACAACGAUCAGGUCAAGGAAGUGCGCACGAUUGUGAUGGUCCCUCAGGUUGGCAAUACUCGCGAUGUCCAGUUGCCGCAGCAGCUGCCGCAACACGAGUAUCUUAACAGCCUCGAACCUCUGGGUAUCAUCCACACACUCUCCGGCAACGAGCCGCCGUACAUGACGGCUCAGGACGUGACGCAGCACGCCCGACUGAUGAAUGCACAUCCAUCGUGGGACAAGAAGACGGUGACGAUGACGGUCUCCUUCACACCGGGAUCGGUCUCGCUGGCGGCUUGGGCUCUGACGCCACAAGGCUACAAGUGGGGCGCGGAGAACAAAGACACCACUUCGGACCAGCCUCAGGGAUUCUCGACCAACAUGGGCGAGAAGUGCCAGCUCCUGCUGAGUGACCGGAUCCGAGGCUACUUCCUGGUUCCCGAGGACAAUGUGUGGAACUACAGCUUCAUGGGAAGCUCGUUUGGAAAUGUUGAGAAGCGACCUGUCUACGUCAAGAUUGACACGCCAUUGCGUUUCUACGAUGACCAGCAUCGCCCUCUGCACUUCCAGAACUUCGCCGAGCUAGAGGAUAUCUGGGUGGACCGGAGCGACGUCUUCGAGUAA